UUGAUGAAGAUACGCUACACUGUAGACGUCACGAACUAUGAAAAUGGCGAUACGUCCGUUACCUUCGCAAUCGUCGGCGCAACUGGGCAAACGAAUGUGUGGGAGACUACACGAAGGUUCGCGGUUCGCGCGCUUUGAUGUCUGUUAAAAAACCGACACAGCUUGGAAAACCACGAAUGUAGCGAAAACUUUGCUUAAUCAUUUGCAAAUGUCGUCCUACACUUGCGGGUUUGCGUAUUCGUGCGCAUGUGAGUGACCGGUGUUACUGUACUAGGUUUGUUUUGUAUCAAAGAGUAAAUUAAAAGAAAAAACAAAGCAAAAGUAUUAUUUCAACAAAUUUAAGACAAUACCCACAUUUUUAAUAGAAUUAAAUAUUUUGUUUGCUACCUGCAUAAUAUAAAAUAUGUACAUCCUGAUUAUGUAUGUAUACUAGUUUUAAUUUUUCUAUAUUCUAGAAUUCCUAGUUUUUGCGUACGAAUAGUCUACCUGAAUCAUUAAAAAUAAUUAAAUACAUCCAGAUUUCAAAACGUAACCAAAAUGGCGAAACUGUUCGUUCUUGUCAUUUUGCUGUGAUGCUUGUUCGCUGAUCAAAACUAUUUUAUUAUUAGUAAUAUAAAAAAUGGCUGACACCGGGUUACGUAGUAUGAAUUUCGCUGCAUUAAAGCGGGCAGAUCCAUAUGCUCGUGAAAUUGUCGAUAGUGCUACCCACGUUGCCCUUUACACAUUUGAAGAGAACGAAUGGGAGAAAACCAACAUUGAGGGUGCUUUGUUUGUGUACAGUAGAAAUGGUGAACCAUACCACAGUUUAGUGAUUAUGAACAGGCUGAACACUAACAACCUAAUAGAACCAGUGUCUAAAGGAAUUGAACUACAGUUAAAGGAGCCGUUUUUACUAUAUCGUAACGCCAAGUGCCGCAUUUACGGUAUAUGGUUUUAUGAUAAGGACGAGUGCGUGCGAGUGGCCACGAAGUUGAACACAUUAGUGAAAGAGUCCAUAAAACAGUCGCAAGGCGAAACCAUGCCACAGAAUUCAGUUUACAAUUCGUCUACAACUUCAACUCAAUCUAUAGAUAUCUUCAGCAUGUUGAGUAAAGCGCAAGACGAUUUCAAUUCUAAUAAAGGUGUUGCUGGAAACAAAUCCGAAUCGACGCCGGCCAAAGCGCCUGACAUGACGUCGCAAAGUGUAAUGGAUUUCUUUGCAAAGGCUGGGAGUGGAGCAUCGGCUCAAAUGCCUGCAGUGUCUUCAUUGCCCUCACCAGGGAUAUUCGGUCCGCGUGCCACUGAUUCCAGAGAAGUACCACAGCUUUUACAGAGGCUCAUGAGUAACCCUGCACAUUCAGUAGAACAUAUUGAGAAGCAACAGCGAUCUGUUACUCCUCAAGAAGGGCAAAGCUCAAAUGGUAAUUCUACACUAGAUUCUGGUAUCAAACCAAAUUGUAUGUUCUCAUUAAAGUCAACUCCUUUGGAGAAGCAAAAUCAAAGGAUACCAGGAUUGAAAAAAGCUCUGGAUAGUAGUGAUGCUAAUGGAAUAGUCACCAUGGAGAAUGAACUCAAUUUGAUGCACUUAUCUUCUCCCAAGACAACAUCGCCAUUAGCUGCAUACUUGAAUCAAUCUCAAGACAUAGGACACACGCAGAAACCGGCGCUGAUGCCCCCCACAAUGUUCACUGCAAGUUCAGGUGGUGAUGUCCAGCCAUCACCGCAGCCACUCACCAGGAAUCAACUCCUUCAGGCCUUUAAUUACUUACUCAAACAUGAUGCAGAUUUUGUGAAUAAACUUCACGAAGCCUAUGUCAAAUCGUUUUCAGAAAAAGCAUUUUCUGUGUCAUAAGAUAAUCUUUUAUGACUGUGGCUGAUGUUGCCAGCCAUUAUUAUGAUGUACAGUUGUAAUAUGAAGCAUAAUCUCUUUAAAAAUGUUGUGUAGAACUUGUUGUUUUUUAGUGACUUACCAUUUGGACAGAGUAUUUUAAAUAAGUUUAAAAAUAUGCAAACCAGUUGUCACUUAAUUUUAUAUAGUGGAUGAAUUUUAGUGACUCCAGAUGAGUGAUAUUCAGUCAGGUCUUUAAUGACACAAAUGUUUGUGAUAUUUUUAGUUACAAGCUAAUUGGCUUCAGCUUGAUGUUCUGUAAAAUCAAACUCAUCCAACAUCCAGUUACUGUUCUUACACAUCCAUCAUACUUUUAAUGUUCUUCUUAUCACAAAAAAACGGACAAUACAUAACAAAGUAUACACUUUUCUAAAAUAUAUUAAAUCUCGUAGAGAUAUUCAGCUUUACGUGUUGUUGCAAUUGUAAUUUUCAAAAUAUAAGAGACUUGCCAAGCUGCAACAUUACUUGAUAGGUGUUUUUAUGGACUGUAAAAAAUAUUUUCUAUUCGUUUAUAAAAUAUGCCUUAUGUUACAUAUAGGAAUCAGUUUACUAUAUUUCUGUUUAAGUAAUGUUUUUCAAAUCAUAUUAUACUCAUUUAAAAAAUUUAAUGAUGUAAAAAAUUGAAUUUCCACACAUCUAACUCUUACGGUAUGCUUGAAAAGAAUUUAAUUUAAAUAAAACGAAAGACUUGAGUACAGAUUAGAAAACUAAAUAUAUGUAAAAAUAAAGAUUUGUUGCAAUAUACUUAAUUUUUAUAAACUUAUUUAGUUUUAGUGUAAUAAAGAUCCUGAGACCUUUUUUCAUAAGACCAAGUAUUUACUACAAGUUGAGUACAUCCUUUCUUUAUUCAAAAACAAUAAUCGAUAAAAAAUGCCUAGUUUCUAUAUGAGUAAGAGUGCCAGUGCAAAACAUAUGGCAUGGCACUGGAAAACCAAGUUACAUUUGCAAGCUAAGAAAAUGUUAAACUAUAUAAACUCAAUGAAACAAGUUAAGUAGAAUGCUAAAAUUUAUUUAGGAGUUUGUUCUAAAGAAAGAACAUUAAUGAAUUUCAACAAAACAAUAUUAUUGAACAAAUGACAUGUUUGCUUUGAAUUUGUUUCUGGGUGGUAUCUUGAUUUUUGAUAACUCUUGAAGUUAAAGAUUAUUAUGAUUUCAAAACAGAUUUCGUACAAGAAUGUUUUUAGUGACUUUCAUGUCUUUGUUCUUGCAUAGUAAUCUUAUAACUAAAAUCCCAAUAAGUUAGUAAUUAAGACACAGGUGGAUGUAUUUUUUUUGUUUUUCACCAUCCACAAAUCUACAACCGUGCACCUUUCUUGGGCUUGCAGUGGAUAAUUUUCACACCUGCCAUUUCUGAUAGUCAAUGAAUCAGAAACUUGAUGUUGCCUGUGACCUUGGCGUACUGCUCUUGCCUUUGGACAAGAAUUGUCUUCUCAACAGACUUAUAUGCUUUGGUGAACUAAAAUAAUCCGACGUAUUGAUAAGUGUUGCUUUUAUUUUAUAAACCAAGAAGCUAUUUUAAUUAAUUCUAUUACACAUUACUCCGUUUUUUUAUUUAGUUAACAUAGCUUUGUUUAUGUUUGGAUUAGCUGAUCUAAUUUUAGUCAAAACCUCCAUAUGAAGUUGAAAAUACUUCAAAUUAUAUUGUAAUACUGACCUCGGCAAAUUUGAAGCAAACAUGUAUCUUACUAUACAUUUAUAUACUUCAAAUUUCAAUUUCCAAACAUAUCUUUUAAUUUCAAAUAUUUUUUAGAUUCAUUUAAUUAUUAUUUAGGUUCUAUCUUGUUAUUUUAAAAGAUCGACUUAAAUAAUUUGGAUUCAACAUUUAAAAAGCAUGUAUUUAAUAUAAGAAUACGUCCAUAUUCACAAGACUCAUAAGAUGGCCUACAAAACUAUAUUUUGUGAUCUGUAUCAUGCAUCAGAACAGAAUGCAUUGUUUUUUGAAAAACAAAAAAAAAGAUAUUCGAUAUUAAGGUUUUUGUUAUAGCAGAAUUUAGUGAUAAAACCUGUAGGUACCUAACUUUUCAAAUUAGUGUGUUGAGGGAAUUUCAAAAUAUAAAAUCUUCCCAAUUACAAUUUUUUUAAAGAACCCGAUGUAGUUAUUUUGUAACAAUUUCCCUUUAUUAAUUAGUUAAAAAAAAUCAAUUGUCCGAUUCUGUUAAAAACCCAUUUGAAAAUGUUAGUAGUGUUCAAUUUGACAUAUUCAAACUAGAAAGAUGUUAUCAAAAUCGUUCAAAAUUAAAGGGUUCACUGAGAUUGAA